AUGAAAGAGGACAAAGAGGAUAAAGACAAGAAGGACAAAGUGGAUAAAGAUAAGAAAGACAAAGAGGAUAAAGACAAGAAAGACAACGAGGAUAAAGAUAAGAAAGACAAAGAGGAUAAAGACAAGAAGGACAAAGAAGAUAAAGACAAGAAAGACAAAGAGGACAAAGACAAGAAGGACAAAGAGGAUAAAGACAAGAAAGACAACGAGGAUAAAGACAACAAAGACAAAGAGGAUAAAGACAAAGAGGAUAAAGAUAAACAGGAUAAAGACAAGAAGGACAAAGAUUACAAGAAAGACAACGAGGAUAAAGAUAAGAAAGACAAAGAGGAUAAAGACAAGAAGGACAAAGUGGAUAAAGAUAAGAAAGACAAAGAGGAUAAAGACAAGAAAGACAACGAGGAUAAAGAUAAGAAAGACAAAGAGGAUAAGAAAGACAAAGAGGAUAAAGGCAAGAAAGACAAAGAUGAUAAAAAUAAAAACGAAAAAGAGGACAAGGAUGAUAAAGAUAAGGAUGACAAGGAUGAUAAAGAUGAUAAAUCAGACCAAAAUUCUAAGGACCACAAAUGUGAUAAGCACACUAAACAUGAUAAAUGUAAGGAUCAUGACAAGGAAGACAAAAAUGAUGAAAAUAAGAAACCUGAAAAAUCAGAGAAACCAGAUGACUCUUGGAAGUCAGAGAAACACGAGAAGACAGAAGAAACAGAUGAACCUGAACUUGAGCCAGAAGACAACUACAAACCUAAGAAAGGAUGCAGGCGCCGUUACGGCAGUAAAGGAUGCAAUGGCAAUGAUUCAAAACAAGGAUGCGCUGAAAAAACAUGUUGGACAGAGUGGUUUGACAGUGAUGAUCCCUCUGGAACUGGGGACUUUGAGUUACUGGAUAAUCUAUACAAAGAAAAUAUUGGAAAAAUAUGCAAUUCCCCUCUUAACAUCGAGGUCCAAACCACAUCAGGAAAAAGUGUAGCAGAAACAAAGGACAAAUUUGCUGUAAUGGACCCAACCAUAGGAUUCAUCUGCAAAAACGCAGACCAAAAUGAGUGCGAAUGUAAUGACUAUCGUGUCCGUUUCCUGUGUCCUGCUGAUUUCUGCAGUCGCAAAGUUUGUUGGACCAAGUGGUUUAAUGGUGAUACACCAAAUGGAAUUGGUGACUGGGAGCUACUGAACAAUUUAAGGAAAGAGAAUCCUGGGGAAAUCUGUGAAAGCCCACUCUACAUAGAUGCUGUUACUUCCGACACAAACACCCCAGCCACAUCUACUGGACAGACAGCCUUUAUCUUUAGCCCAACUACAGGAUUUGUCUGUCGCAACAGGGACCAGAGAGGCGCCAGGUGCCAUGACUACAAAGUGCGCUUUGGAUGCCUAUGUUAGACGGACACCUCUUCAAUGACUUCUUAGGCUAAAAAAAACCUUACACUGGUGUUAUUAUCUGUACUUAAUUUUUGCUUGCACUUUAUUUUCAAAUGUAUAUUCACCAAGUGAAAUAUUUGGAUUUUAUUUGCCUUUUUUGCACAUUAACACUGCCUGACCACAAAGUGAUGCUUUUGUGAUUCAUGAUGGUAAUAACAGGUGGCAGAGGGAGCACAGCUUACACAAAACCAAUCAAAAACAA